AUGGGCAAGAAUGAGGAAGAACAGGAUUACCACCGACUGGGAUUGUCUCAUUACGAGAAGGGGGAGUACGAGUCAGCCUUGGAGCGGUUCCUGCAGGACCUGGAGAUACAACACGCCAGAGGAGACACGGCAAACCUGAUAACAACACACAUUGAUGUGGCUAAAACGUGUCUGCUACUUGAGAAAACCGAUGCGGCUACUCAUCACUUCAGCACAGCCUUACAGAUGGCACAGCAGACUGGCGAUCUACAUGGACAGAUGAGGGUUUACUUCUACAUGGGUGAGAUACAGGACCAACUCCACUCCCCACGUACAGCCAUCCAGUACUAUGAACAGUACCUCACACUAGCCAGGCAUUUGGGGGACAGGCGUGAGGAGGGACUGGCUUACAACCGAUUGGGACGCGCCCAUGAUAAGAAGGGAGAGUUACAUGAGGCUCUGGAGUGGUACCAGAAAUCCCUGAACAUACAAAAAGAUGAUGGUGACAAAAAAGCACAGAUAACACAACACAUAAAUAUGGGAGAUACAUACAGGUUACUGGGUAAACUGGACCAGGCGAAAUCCCACUUCAGCACAGCCUUACAGAUGGCACAGCAGACAGGGGAUCUACAUGGACAGAUGAGGGUUUACUACUGGAUUGGUGACAUGCAGAGGGAACAACUCCACUCCCCACGUACAGCCAUACGGUAUUAUGAACAGUAUCUGGCACUGGCCAGGCAGUUGGGGGACAGGCGUGAGGAGGGACUGGCUUACAACAAACUGGGACUGGCCCACGAUGCCGUUAAAGAGUAUGCAGCAGCCCUGGAGUGGCAUCUGAUGGGCCUAGAACUGAGUGAAGAAAGAGGAGACAAUAAACACCAGGUGACAGCACACAUACACGUGGGCAAUGUGUACAGCUUAUUGGGUAAAAUGGACCAAGCAACAUCCCACUUCGACACAGCCUUACAGAUGGCACAGCAGACAGGGGAUCUACAUGGACAGAUGGAGGUUUACUUCUACAUGGGUGAGAUGCAGAGGGACCAAUUCAAUUCCCCAACUACAGUCAUUCAGUUUUAUGAACAGGCUCUCGCACUAGCCAGGCAGUUAGGGGACAGGCAUUGGGAGGGGCUGAUGUACAACGGUCUGGGACAGGCGCAGUAUGGAAUGGGGGAGUAUGGGACAGCUUUGGAGUCAGUGAAACAGGAACUGAAAAUACGACAGGAAAUAGGAGACAAGGCGUACCUACUCACAGCACAUGAGAAUAUGGCUGGUUCCUACAAGGCACUGGGUAAACCGGACCUAGCAAGAUCUCACUAUCAAUCAGCGCUGACCAUCGCCAAGGAGACAGGAAACAAACAAAAACAGGAGGACAUUGCCAAAGGACUGGAUAGUCUGUAG